GCUAACGCUGACGUCGACUUGUGUAGCAAAAUGGCGGCGUUUACAGCAGUAGGGCAGGCGGACCGGUUCGGUUCUUUAUUAUCUAAAAAGCGAACCGGAAUGAAGAGGACAAGAUACUGGACGCUUUUGGACUGCAGUGUCCUCGUGUUGCUUUCGUUGGCCUCCAUGCUGCACGGCGCUAUGGCUGACGGGAAAACGCUGGUGCUACUGGACAACCUCAACAUCAAAGACACCCAUUCAAUCUUCUUCCGCAGUCUGGCAGAUCGUGGAUUUGACCUGGCAUUCAAGACUGCUGAUGACCCCUCUCUGUCCUUGAUCAAAUAUGGGCAAUUCCUCUACGACCACCUAAUAAUCUUCGCACCGUCAGUUGAAGACUUUGGUGGAAAUAUAAACUUGGAGACAAUAACAUCCUUCAUUGAUGGUGGAGGCAACGUCCUGAUCGCUGCAAGUUCAGAUAUUGGGGACCCUCUGAGGGAGCUGGGUAGUGAGUGUGGCAUUGAGUUUGAUGAGGAAAAAACGGCUGUUAUUGAUCACCACAACUAUGAUGUUUCUGAUCCUGGAGAGCACACCCUGAUUGUUGCCGACCCAGAGAACCUACUCAAAGCUGCCACGAUUGUUGGCAAACCAACCAGCAAGCCUGUUCUAUUUAAGGGUGUUGGCAUGGUUGCUGACCCAGACAACCCACUCGUCCUCGACAUUCUCACUGGUUCUUCAACUUCUUACUCCUAUUUCCCCGACAGACCCAUUUCUCAGUACCCCCAUGCUGUGGGGAAGAACACACUGCUGAUCGCCGGGCUGCAGGCCAGAAACAAUGCCAGAGUGGUUUUCAGCGGCUCCCUGGACUUCUUCAGCGACGCCUUCUUCAACUCUGCAGUGCAGAAAGCAAGACCAGGCUCUCAAAGGCACGAGCAAACGGGGAACUUGGAGCUGGCUGUGUCUCUGUCCCGCUGGGUGUUUAAGGAGGCGGGAGUGCUUAGAGUGGGAGCCGUUACCCAUCAUCCUGUGGGAGAGACGGCUCCUCCUGCAGCGUACACAGUUACUGACCUUGUGGAAUACAGCAUUGUCAUCGAGAUGCUGUCCGAGGGCCGCUGGGUCCCCUUCGACGGCGACGAUAUUCAGCUCGAGUUUGUGAGGAUCGACCCCUUUGUCAGAACUUAUCUCAAGAAAAAUGGAGGUAAAUACAGCGUUCAGUUCAAGUUGCCUGACGUGUACGGAGUCUUCCAGUUCAAGGUGGACUACAACCGACUGGGAUACACACAUCUCUACUCAUCCACUCAGGUUUCAGUCCGGCCCCUGCAGCACACUCAGUACGAGCGCUUCAUUCCCUCAGCCUUCCCGUACUACGCCAGCGCCUUCUCCAUGAUGACAGGACUUUUCGUCUUCAGUGUAGUCUUCCUGCAUAUGAGAGAGAAGGAGAAGUCCGACUAAAGCAAAGACGACAAAAAGUGUGAAAUUUUAAAGUGCGAGGGGAAGAAUUGAAACUGAAGGUCCUUAUGGGUCAAAGGUGUCAUUUUGAGAUUUUGUUCAUAUUUUGUUAAGGGCAUGUGGCUGGUGUGUGUGUGUCUGACAGGGUGCUGGCUGCAAUUUAAUGCAGUAGUUUUUCUUUUUUUUUUUGUUUUAAAGAUGUAUCUUAAAAUCUCCCAGAGCCCCGUUUGUUGUGAAGUCAGUCCGCUUAUGUAUAAAAGUUGCUCCACAUUUGGCUAAAAUAUAAGAAAGAGCAGUUGCAAAUCACUUAAAUUUAAUCUACUGUCUUCUCAGAAAAUGCACUGAAAAUGCCAACAAUUUUUUUGUUUUUGAAAAAAGAUUUUUGAAAAAGCUGCAGACCUCUUUGAAAAUAAAAUAACCACAUUCCACUUGA